AUGAUGGUUGCUCUUCGGCUGACAGUGGUGUUCAUCUUGAGCAGCUUAGUCUCUAUAGUUGGGCAUAAGAGGCCAUGGCCGGCCACUCUUCCCCAGGAGCUCUCCGCCCUCGACAUCUCCGUCAGGAUCCGGGUCGACCCGGAGGCGACUUUCCCGGUGUCCACCGACUUCGGCCGGUUGGUCAGCGCCGCCCCCGCUGCCGUUCUGUUCCCGUCGUCAAACCUUGACAUUAUGGCCCUCCUCAGUUUCGCGAACGACUCGCCGAGGCCUUUCAAGGUGGCUCCCCGCGGUCGAGGGCACUCCCUUCGGGGGCAGGCGGCGGCGCCGAAGGGCGUCGUCAUUGAUAUGAGGUCCCUGGCGAGGCGGACAGGCGGCGGCCACGACACCGUGGCAACGACGCUGUCCCCUAUCACAGUGUCGUCCUGCCAGGAUGGCAGCGACCCCCAGGGUUCCGCUUACGUGGACGCCGGCGGGGAACAACUCUGGGCAGACGUGCUAAGCGAGACGCUCAAGCAUGGGCUUGCACCCAAGUCGUGGACAGAUUAUCUCUACUUGACCGUUGGAGGCACCCUCUCCAACGCGGGGAUCAGCGGCCAGGCCUUCCGUCAUGGCCCCCAGAUCUCCACCGUCUACGAGCUUGACGUGAUCACCGGUACUCUUUCUCUCUCUCUCUCUCUCUCUCGAUACAUGAGAUAAUCAUGAUGAGGUUUCUGAUGUGGGUUGUCGUCGACAUCAAAAUAAGUUUUUCUUGCAAACGUUGGCUGACAUCCUCCGUGCUAUCUUGACGUGGGGAUCACAAGGAAAGGGAGAGAUGAAGACCUGUUCCAAGGAGCACAACUCUGAUCUGUUCUACGCGGUCCUGGGGGGACUCGGCCAGUUCGGGGUCAUCACUCGGGCUCGGAUCGCUCUGGAACCAGCGCCUGAUAACGUAAUCCCAAUAAAACCAUCAAGCUUAGCCUAAAUAUCUAAUUAUGUAUCACGAUUUUACAUACUUACGGACGUGUCCAUGCACGAGUAAUCUGAUGAGGCCGAGCUCAAUCUCCCGGUGCAGGUGAAGUGGGUGAGAUUGAUCUACACCAACUUCGCCGCGUUCACGAAGGACCAGGAAUACUUGAUAUCUCUGGACGGGAGACCAACCCCCGGGACGAACAGCACGAAGAGCAAGGGCUUCGACUACGUGGAAGGCUCCGUUUUCCUUGACCGCAGCCCCGUCAGCAGCUGGAGAUCUUCCUUCUCACCGGCAGACUCCGCGAGGAUAAACUCCCUGAUAACAAAGUAUGGCCCCGUCUACUGCUUGGAAGCCGGCAUCUACUACCGCAAUGCCUCUAAAUUCGCUGCCGAGAAGGUAAGCCGUGGCGUUGACUUUGGAUGUCUCGACUGGUUCUAAGCUCUUCGAUCCAUCCACAGGACCUUGAUCGGUUGCUGGAGGAGCUCAGCUUCAUCCCGGGCAUGACGUUCAUAAUCGACAUCGGCUACGUGAGGUUUCUCAACAGGGUUCGCGAAGGGGAGCUACAACUCCGCGCUCAAGGCCUGUGGGAUGUCCCCCAUCCAUGGCUUGCUCUGUUCGUGCCCAGAUCCAGGAUCUCGGACUUCAAUGCCCGAGUCUUCAGGAGGAUCAUCAGGGAGAACCGCUCAAAGGGUCCUAUCCUCGUCUACCCCGUCAACAGAGACAGGCAAGUCGCCAUGUGACCGUCAAGGAUGACAUAAUUCGGAGAUGUCCUGAAAUCGGCUGCGAGAAACUAAGAAUGUCGACAUCUUUCAUCGUCUGUUGCAGGUGGGAUGAGAGAACGUCCGCAGUGAUCCCGGACGAAGGCGUCUUCUACUCUGUGUCGUUGCUGUGGUCUGCGACAACGGAGACCCUUGAGCAGUUGGAGGCCCAAAAUGAGGAAGUACUGCGAUUCUGCAACGACGAGGGCAUCAAGGUGAAGCAGUACUUGCCCCAUUAUGAGGAGAGAUCCGAUUGGGUGAAGCACUUCGGCGCUAAGUGGGAAGUCUUCCUGGAGAGGAAGAGGAAGUACGACCCCAAGAGGAUUCUCUCUCCCGGCCAGGGAAACUUCACUUCCUCGGCUACCUAA